CGUUGCAUUCAUUAUGCCUUACGUCAAAGAUCCACAAGUUUUGUUGAUUUUAUUGUGCCUUAUUGUAUCAUCUAGGACUUGUAUCCUUUGUAAGGCUUCUCCUAUCUUGAUAUGUGCUUUCUUUUCCAUUCAUCCCAUCCUUUUUUUAGAGCUUUUGGUAUGCACGAACAUGCUCCUCUAACAAUUCGGCCAAUAGUUUUAUUGUUUAUUCAAAGUCACUUUGUCAGCAAAUAUCACUAAUAAUUUAGUAGUUAUGAAUGGUAUAUGUGCUUCUAUGAGAUGGGGAGAUCCCUUGAUUCUUCUAUGUUACAAGAGGUCCCACUACAAAAGCCAAAAGUGUGACGGUGAUUGCAAGUGAACAGCAGAACAAGGAGCAAGCCAAAGGACUUGCAGGAGGUGUGGUGUACUCAGACUUGACUGCUUACAAGCUGGAUUGUGUUAAUUUGUACUCGUACAAACUCUUAAGGGAAAGAGGUUCCAGCAAUUAGCUAGUUGGGAAUAACUUCUGUAGUCAAAAUGGAUCCUUCAAUUUCCUAGUCAAUGAAGAGAGGUCCGCUAUAGCCAGAUUUGGUUUUUGAACUAUGGAGUUUCAUGUGGAAAAUGUCAACAGAAGAGAAAAGAAAACUUGGUACAGGCCUUGGCCUAUUGUCUCCUGAAGAUCUGAAUAAAGCGUUAGAGAUAAUUGCUGAGAAGAACCCAAACUUCCAGGCCACAGCUGAAGAGGUUGACCUCGACAUGGAUGCUCAGAGUGAGUCCACAUUGUGGAAGUUGAAGUUUUUUGUAAGGGAGGCUCUAGAAGGUAGUAGUGGCAAGAGCUCCAUGAGUGGCCGUGGUAAUGACAACAACAAUGCCAAGAGAAAGAGAGAAAUUUGUGAUGCUCUUGCCAAGACUACAAAGAAACGGAGUAAAAAGCCAUCGUCCUAUGUGUAUUUUAUCGUGUAGUAUUAUCAUUCAAGAGUAGAAAAAGAAUUUACAGCACCCUCACGAACAAUUGAUGCAAUACACUCAGCACUCAGGUGGCAAGGGAUGUGUUGAUUUUGUCAGAAAAGGGAUGUACCCCAACAAUUCACCAUAAAAGAAAAAAAAAGGGGGGGCCAUCAUUGAUCAUUCUUCCAUGUUUUUGGUAAAAGAUGCCCUUAAGUGGGGUUGAGUUAUUA